CACAGUUUGCCGGCGCGAAUUGAUUCAAAAGCUUUGGAAUAUCAAAGAACACAGUUUGUAAGAGUUAAAACACGCGAAAGGGAAAGGAAUUUGGUUCUCAGUAUCGUUCAACUUCUUUUUGGCUAAGAAGAUAGACAUUUUUGGAGACAAAUUCUUUAACUCCUGUUCUCGUUGUUUCCUGACCCGUGCUCGGCGAGCCGCAUGACAAGGCAUUAAGCUGACCUCUGCAGCAUUCCUGUGUGUGAUUUUUGCCGUGCGGACUGAAACCUAGAAGAAUCUUGCGCAAAAUCUCAGCCCGUUCCCCUGUGCCUAGUUUAGUGAAUUUAUUCCACAAAAGAAGAUCGAGAGCUAGCUCUAUUGACCAUGGAAAUCACUGACACCACACCUCAGUUAGAAAGAGAAGCCAACGCACGACGACUCUCCCCUGUCCGCAAUAUCAUCGCAGGAGGAAUCGGGGGGAUGCUUGCAGUAGUAGYWGGUCAYCCCUURGAUACAAUCAAAGUACGACUACAGGUCGCCACAAGUGCUGGACAAACGCAAGCUUACAAUGGCGCUAUGGAUUGUCUGAAGAAAAUUGUGAAGGAAGGUGGAUUUAGGAGUUUAUUUAGAGGAAUGCUGACACCGUUGCUAAUAGCAACUCCAUCAACGGCUUUGUCCUUCUUUAGCAUCUCUCUUGGGAAAAGACUUCAGAUCAGUGAUCCAGGACAAGAGCCAACAAUGGUGCAGUACAUGCUCGCGGGCGCAUUUUCUGGAUUUAUUUGCAGUUUUGUGUACAGUCCUGUAGAUAGAAUCAAAUGUCUCCUUCAGAUAAAGAAGAGCGAUGCCAAAGGAGCGUCAAGAGGGCCUUUACAAGUGUUGUUCGAAAUCUACCGCAGCGAAGGAGCCCGAGGGAUCUUUAGAGGGCUUCCUGUAACAAUGACUCGCGAUAUCUUUGGAUGCGGGGUCUGGUACCUAGCUUACGAAGGCCUCUUAAAGUUCAUUAGACCACAUGACAGCACACGUGAUGACGUCUCCAUGACAGCAAUUGUACUAUCGGGGGGUUUUGCCGGGAUCGCGUUUUGGGCGUUGUUAUACCCGGUAGACAACAUCAAGACUCGUUAUCAAACUGCCCAGGUGGGCAGAUAUCGGGGAUCACGUGACGUUCUCCGAGAUGUUUUGAGGACCGAAGGUGUAAAAGCCCUAUACAGGGGAUAUGCACCAACCAUAGCUAGAGCUCCGUUGGUUCAUAUUUCGUUAUUUAUAGGAUAUGAAUUUACAAUCAAAACUCUGAAUAGAUUUUCUCCUUGACUUGCAUUUGGUAGGCAUAGGUCACGACAGAGUUAGUAGAGGGAACUAGUACUUAUAACUCUGGUCACGAAAAGCUCCCRACUUUGCCUCAUUUUUUACUUCUUCGGGCUUCCUAUGUAUAACGUUUACCUCACCAUAUCUCCUUCUAUUAACUAUGGCGUCACGCGCAAAAGUUCUUCAAUUUAAUUGGCAUUUUCAAAGCCAGAUGGGGAAAAAAAUAUACUAAUUUUAUCAUCAGUUUUGUCUUUCUUUUUCUUCUUGGACACAAAGACGCACAAUUCCUUGUAAGUAUCUCAGUAACUCUUUUGCUAAAUUUUACGUGACUAGGAGAGUAUAUGUUUUAUUUAUAAUUCCAACGAUGGCACGAGCCCAUGCCUGUCGGAAAUUGCUAAUGACCUCUGCAGCAGGGACCUUCUUUAUCUUCGAGAAGAGAUUUCGAUUUUCGAUAUUAAAAGACAAAUUCUUAAAAGCGACUUUAAUCGGUAAAAUCAMGUGAACUAAAGAUUAAUUUGCAUGUAGACGUUAACAUUCACAAUAUACUUAGAUAUAUCUAGCACUAAUUAAUUGCAUCUAAUUUGACAUCAACAUUUCAUUUUGAUCGAUAUUGAGCAGUGUACAGAAACGAGUUACAAGAACUCCCAAUGCUCAGUAAUAUACUGGUGACCUUGCACUAGGAAAAAAGGAUU